AUGCCACCUAAAGAGGCCUUAAAACGUAAAAGGGGCAGACCACCAGUCAAUGCCAAAGAAACCAGCACAACACCACCACCACCACUGUUUACUAGAAAAUCCAGUUCAAGGAUUGCACAAAGCACUAGAAAAUCCACCAGCGCACCUGACCCUGAGCCAACAACGCGCUCCUCAUCUAGAAAGAGAGGCAGACCAAGCACAUACUAUCCAGCCGUUCAUGAAGAAAAUGACGCGAAACGAAAGCGCGAAAGUGGUCGUACAACGACAGGUCCCAAAUCUCCAGUAUCAGACGAAUAUGAAGAGGAGGCAGAGAAAGAGGAGGAGAAAGACGAAGACGAGGAAAUUGAUGUGGGCCAGCAAGACGAGAAGCCAGUCUCUGCAUUGGGUGAUGAGAAUGAUGUAGAGUCAGAUAGGGAUGACAUUGGUGAAACCAAAGUAGAUGGUCAAGGCCAUUUAUUAGAAGGUCGUGAGUACAAGGUUUCUACAUUUACACUACCCAAUCAUGGUGAGCAAUUACUCAUGCUGGCAAUGGAAUGCACCAAAUUACUAGGCUAUCGUGAUAGCUAUCUCUUCUUUCACAAACACCCCCUAUUGAAGCGUAUUCGUAUCAAUGACGAAGAAAAGGCCAUGUUGAAAGAUAUGGGCCUGGUGGUGCAAUGGUUCAAGCAUCGUGAUGUCGCUGUUGUUACUGCUCGUUCCGUAUUCAAAUGCUUUGGACACAAGAUCAUCAAACGUGGUAGACGCAUUCGAGAUGAUUAUUACGAAAACGGACAUCCAGAAGAAAAAGCAACAACCAGACAAUCAGCACAUCUUCGCAAGCAAGCAUCCUCCAGUGACGGUACUGCUGCUGCUUCUAGUUCAUCCAUGUUUGGCAAUGGAACGCAUACCAGUAACGAAGAGGAAGAGGAAAACGACGGUUCUCGUAAAUCAUUGAUUGGCAAGACAGCAAGAUCAGAAGGAUACGCAUCAAAAGCACCACUUACAAAUCAAACUUGGAUGCAUCAUGCCGCUUUGGCAGCGAGAGGAUUCAACGCUCAAUUACACGAAAGACGAGCCGCUAAGCCUACCUUUUACGAUAUUCAUUCCAACAUCAAUCAGGUGCCAGCCUCGUAUCAAUCUACAUCAUGCAAAUUCGAGCUCAUUAAGGGAGACAGCGCGGCAGCACCAUUAGUCGAGUUUGACGCUCAAGUAGCAACCACCGCAGCUACCAAGGCACCCGUUUAUCGUGGCAUUGGAAAGUUUUUAUUGGACUGCAAUGUGGAUGCUGUUGUGGAAGCGUACCCAGGGUCAGCAGAGGAAAAGGACAAACUCAGAGCAGUGUUGACAAACGACCAACAAGUGAAAGCUUUGGAUACAAAUGACGAUGACAGGUAUCCAUUAGCCAUCAUGGAAGGACAAUUUCAAGCACAGUUCCCAAUACAUCAAGCACGAUUCAACUAUCCUACACCCAAAGUACCUGAUCCGACUGACAUGGUAGACACAGCACAAUCCUUGGCCGCUCAACAAUUCUAUCUGGGCUUGGUGUAUCAGUCCGUCAAUCAAUUCGCUGAUCCAGCCAGACAAUCACCCAUGGGCAGAUCACCACAGAGUUAUUCACCUGCUCCCCCACCACCACAGCAACCACAAAUUCAACAUACACCUCCUGUUCAACCCACACUACCCAUGCAACCACAACCAUCGCCACAACAAAUGCAACUACAGCCACCCAGAAUGACCAUGCCUGUCGUGACACCAGAACCACCCAUGUGCCGAACCAUGCUUCCAGGCAACCAAAUGUGCAGAAAUCCAGUCAACAAGCCAGGAGAAAAAUGUUCUGCUCAUCAAUCACCUAAACAAAUGUCUGAUUUUGCCAAGGGACCUCCGCCGCAAAUUGUCUACUCUGAUAACAAGUGCGCAGACUGUCACCAAUUAAAAGCAGCCGAAUCCUUGUUCAAUUCACCCGAAGAGCAUGUCACUGAUGAUUUCACCGUGAUCAAAUGUUCCAAAUGUACUCGAAAGUAUCACCCUGUGUGCGCCAAUCUAACUACGCCAUUACAAGUAGCAGCGGUAGAGUCUUACCCAUGGUCUUGCCCUGAAUGUAAGAUUUGCUGUGUGUGUAAGAGUGCUGGUGAUGAAUCCACACUGAUGAUUUGUGAUGGAUGUGAUCGAGGAUGGCAUACUGGAUGCUGUGAUCCCAAGGUGGAAAAUGUGCCUGAAGGAUCAUGGCUCUGCCAAUUCUGUGCCAAAUGUCAUAGCUGUGGUGAACAUGGCAUGGAAGAAGAAUCACAAUACACACAUGCGAUAGCACCCAAAAGCGACCGCUACAAGUAUCCCGUCUAUUUGGCCACUUACUGUCCCAAAUGCAACGGUAAUUUCAAAGACGACCGGUUCUGCACCGUGUGUCUCAAGACGUACUCUGAGGAAGAAGAAAACGACGAUGAGGACAAUGAAAUGGUUGCUUGUGAUACAUGCGAUCAUUGGGUCCAUACACGCUGUGAUGAGCAAUUGACACCCGAGAAAUAUCAAGUUUUGUGCGAUGAUGAAGACGCAAAGUAUAAAUGUCCCAUGUGUGAAGACAGAUUCAAACGUCUUGUGGAUACAAGUACGGCUGAUUUAGCGCUCAAGGGACUAUCAGCACCUUGUGGUACUGCAGUUGGGCUUUUGGGCGGAAAGAUCAAAACAAGAGGCAUUGUGAAAUUUAAAGAAAUCAAAAUUGGUGUACCUGAAAUCAACGGUGCAGGCAUUGCAGAAAUGCCAGCCAACAAAAAAUAG